AACGUGCCCACUAAAUAUUCAUGUCCCAACAUCAGCAUCGCCCUUUGGCAUUUGAUCUUUCUCGCGAAAACAUCGUUUCUCUGCGGCAACCACCUUCAACAACCAUUUGUGAAAAUUGCCUACAAAAUUCAAGAUUGAAUUCCCGCAUCUAUGUCCUUUACCUAGAUUUAUUUAUCCAGGACCUCGCAUUUUAUCGCUCUUAUCGAAUCCCUGCAUAGAUGCUCUGAAAUAAUUCCCCAAGCACCUCCAAAUAUACAAUUCUUCGCCACGCGAGAAUGAACCGAUCCAUAAUAGUUACACCCACUGGAAAUUGUAACAAUGUCGAGAGCUCACAACACCGGUUCGUGGAAGACCUUGAAUCCAAACACUGGUAAUGAUUCGUCGUUGUUCUCUGACCAGAUUGACUCCCCCUCCGCCAUGAAGCUCCUCUGUGAUAUUCCCCCAACCCCCCAUCACCGCUUUGAGGCGGAGGAAAUCAAAGGUGGUGGAGGAGAAGAAGAAGAUCCAUUGGUCAUUGAGGGUCGGAUUCUUGGUCUGAAUCACAUUAGGACUCGCUCAGCUGCUUCACCACCACGUAGGCUUUCAACUGCCAUUUCAAUGCCAUUUGAUUAUGGAGACGGAGUUGAUUCACAGUCUAGGCUAUUACCUACUACUGAUCAAUCGGUUGAGAAUUUAUCUGAACAAGGUAAAAGAGUACAAUGGAAUCAAGCCAAUUCUUUGAAUGUCCUGUCGCGCACUUGUUCGGGUUCAGAGGAUUACCAUGCAGCUUUUGUUAAGGAAAUGAGAUCUCCACGAUGUCAAGCUAUUUUGCGUGUCACAAAUGGUCGGAGGAAAAGAGUUAUAGAUAUCAAGAGUUUCUCUCAUGAGCUCAAUCCCAGAGGAGCCCGACCUCUUCCGUUCUGGAGAUCUCGUGCUUUUGGGCGAGUGGAGGAGAUUAUGGCUAUGAUUCACUCAAAAUUUGAUAAACUAAAGGAGGAGGUAAACUAUGACUUGAGCAUUUUUACUGGAGAUAUAGUUGGUAUUAUCGAGAAGAUCUCAGAAACCCACCCUGAAUGGAGGAAAAUUUUGGAAGAUUUGCUGGUUAUAGCUAGUGAAUGUUCAAAUAUGUCACCUAUUGACUUCUGGACGAGGUGUGAAAGUAUUGUCCAGAACCUAGAUGACCGCAGGCAGGAGUUAUCAAUGGGUACUGUUAAGCAAGCCCACACUCGCCUCUUAUUCAUACUCACACGAUGCACUCGGCUUGUACAGAUCCAAAACGAGAGUUGUUUUGAAGAACAUGUCAUGGCAUCUCACAAACUGUGUGAUGUUGGAGCCCAUGCAGAACGAGUAAUUUGCCCAUUUGGGAGGGACAGAAAUGGUAGAAGAAACAAGAAAGGUCAAGUGCAUGACCAUACCAGUCCAACCAUUAAUCAGUACCAGAUGAAGGAAUGUUUUGGUGGAGGUGUCACAGAGGAAAGCCCUUUAAAGAAUUUUGCUUCACCUAUAGGGAGCUAUGAAACGUCCUCUUGGAAGAGGUCUCCUUCUGCAGCUGAAAGAAAAGGUGUGGUCCAUGACUCUAUUGACACCUCUACCUCAUCCUCCAUAAAAUCUGAUCAUUUACAACAUAAAGUAGCAGACAACCAUGGAUGUGUGGAUACUUCAAGUUUCCACCCUGAAGUUUCAGAGGAAACCACAAAUGAUAGGAGAGUAACCUGGGGAGAUUGGGAUCAUCAUAAUAUCUCUUAUGAAGAUUCAUUUAUGUGCCGUAUAUGUGAAGUUGAAAUACCUACUAUAUUUGUAGAGCAACACUCAAGGAUUUGUACAGUUGCUAAUAGAUGUGAUUUAAAAGGUUUGACAGUUAAUGAGCGACUCCAAAGACUUGCAGAAACUCUUGAGAAGAUACUUGAAUCAUGGAAAUCAGAUAGAACUGGCAAUGAGUUAGGAAGUCCUGAGAUAGUAGGAGUGUCUGCUUUGGCCAUGUCGAAAGAGUUGGAUGAAUUAUCAUCAAAUCAGAAUGCUUUGUCUUGUCAAUGUUCUGAAGACAUGCUCAAUUGUAUCCACGAGUGUGAUACUAUUUCCGUUACAGAUUUAAACAGUCUUUAUGAAACGCCCAAGAAGGAUUCAUCAGCUGGUAUCUCAACACCUCGAUCACCAGUGCUGACACCGCGAACUGGCCAGAUUACCCUGCUUUUGAGUGGACUCAAGAUGAUUUCUGAAUAUGAAAAUUUUCAACAGAUAAAUAAGCUGCUGCAUAUUGUUCGAUCAGUUGUCACCAUCAACAACAGUGAUUGUAAUUCCUUGGAAAAUUUGCUCGAAUGCCUAGACGACAUGAAGUAUGCCAUUCAAGACAGGAAGGUUGAUGCUCUUGUUGUAGAGACAAUUGGGAGGCGCAUAGAAAAAUUAUUGCACGAGAAAUAUGUUCUACUUUGUGGGCAUAUUGAAGAAGAGAAGGGAGAUUCACCAACUAGUGCAGCUGAUGAAGAAAGUUCCGUUGAUGAGGAUACAAUACGCAGUUUGCGUGCAAGUCCUAUCCGCCAAAGCUCUAAGGACCGAACAUCUAUUGAAGAUUUUGAGAUAAUACGACCAAUCAGCAGGGGUACUUUUGGGCGAGUAUUCUUGGCUAAAAAACGGGCCACUGGUGAUUUGUUUGCGAUAAAGGUGCUGAGAAAAGCUGAUAUGAUACGGAAAAAUGCCGUGGAGAAUAUUUUGGCUGAACGUGAUAUCCUAAUUUCAGUCCGCAAUCCAUUUGUGGUCCGCUUUUUCUACUCGUUCACAUGCAGGGAUAAUCUUUAUCUUGUCAUGGAGUACCUAAAUGGAGGAGAUAUGUUCUCUUUACUAAGGAAUCUUGGAUGCUUUGAAGAAGAUACAGCCUGCGUAUAUAUCGCUGAAGUUAUUCUUGCUUUGGAAUAUCUUCAUUCAUUAAAUAUUAUUCAUAGAGAUCUGAAGCCGGACAAUUUGCUGAUAGGCCCAGAGGGUCACAUCAAGUUGACAGAUUUUGGACUCUCCAAGGCAGGCCUUAUCAAUAGCACUGAUGACUUGUCACGUCCAUCAAAUUCGACAUUUCUUGAGGAUGAUAAACCAAAAGUGAAAUCAUCACUUCAAAGAGAUCAGAGGCAAAAGAGUUCUGUUGUUGGUACCCCUGAUUAUUUGGCACCUGAGAUACUCCUUGGCAUGGAGCAUGGUUCAACAGCUGACUGGUGGUCUGUUGGUGUGAUUGUGUUUGAGCUCCUUGUUGGUAUUCCACCUUUUAAUGCAGAACAACCUCAGCAAAUUUUUAACAAUAUCAUGAAUAGAGACAUACCUUGGCCUAAGGUACCAGAUGAAAUAAGCUUUGAAGCGUACGAUUUCAUUAACAAGUUGCUGUGCGAAAAUCCUAAUCAAAGAUUAGGUUCAACUGGGGCUGGAGAGGUAAAACAACAUCAGUUUUUUAAGAAUAUCAGCUGGGACACACUGUCAAGGCAAAAGGCAGCAUUCAUACCGGCUGCAGAACCACAUGACACUAGUUAUUUUAUGAGUCGUUACAUUUGGAACCCAGAAGGUGAAGAUUUUAAUGGUGGGAGUAGUGAGUUUGAUGAUACAAGUGAGGCAGGGAGUGUAUCAUGCAGCAGUAGUUCAUAUCAAGAUGAAGAGGGGGAAGAAUUUGGAUAUUUUGCAGAGUUUGGUGCUGUAUCCCCUAACAUGAAAUAUGCCUUUAAUAACUUUUCAUUUAAGAAUUUGUCACAACUGGCUUCAAUUAACUAUGAUUUGGUAGUAAAGGGUUCAAAAGAAUCAGCUGAAGUUGCAAAGAAGUCAUCCAUUGCAUAACGAACUUGAAUGAGUGAAGACACUUCUGUCCCUUCCCAUUUGUCACCUUUUUAUUAGUCAGACGAGUUUGGAAGAAGCAGAUAAUUGCGAGACUUAGCUGAGUGUAGAUUACUUUUCAUGAAAUAUAGAUUAAAUUAAUCCUUACAAAGCUUAGGGUGCUAAACGGAUUAGGCAAUAUGUUAGCGGAUGCACUGAUUUUACUCCUUUUACCUUGAUAAAUUAAAUUUGCCAUUAUUUGCUAGCAACAACUGAGGUCAUGUUUUCGACAGGGAA